GCAUCGAGUUGAUUCGAUUACUGACAUUUGUCUCUUGGCAGUUGGCAUCACAAUUUGUGUUCUAUAUUCCAACGUUUCGUUCCAAACUUGAGUUGGCGAUAAGAUUUCGAUUUCAAAACCGAUAUUUAGUAAAAGCCGUGCCUUUUUUAAGCAAACGCCGACAAGUGGCAGAAUUGUUUGGAUUCUCUGGACGCACGAUUGUUUCUCUCUCAAAUAAUAGUUUCUGCCUUGCAUUCAAAUUGAAGGGACGAUUAAUAAAUACCAGAUCUUCAACCAGUCUCACUUAUUUAGCAAAAAUGCUACUAGAAACCAACGUUCUGGUUUUUCUCGGAGUACUCGUUGGUCUUGUGUCCACUACAAGAUCCUCAAAACUUCAACCAUCUCCUGGACCAAUGUCCACCCCAUAUCGAAAUGAUCAUCCAGUGAUUUACAUGAAUGCGUUUUAUGACCCGAAAUACCACGAUUCUGGAAGCAGUGUAAAUUACAUUUCGGACGCAAAUCAUGAACAGUUAAACUUCAUUCCAGAUCCUGAACCUAACCCAACAGCUCGAACGUACACACGGGAAGAAAAAGCAGCAAUUCUACAAAAGUACAAAAUGUUGCAAAACGCAAAAUUCAAGCGUGGAAUCGCAAAUAGCGUUGACUUUGCCGGCGAUGGGGAUAGCCUUGCUGUAGAGUCAAGUGAUAGUUUAGCCGUGGAAUCAAGAGAUAAAGAUUCCCAGAUCGUGGUCAAGGUACAAAAUGCCUCCUCAAAGGACAAGAAACCUGCCAAGGAGGUCAAAGACCAAGUGAAGACCGAGUCCAAAAAGGAGAUUAAGACUGAAAUUCCAAAAACACAACCUGCAUUCAACCCACACCUGCCUCAGAAUUAUUAUCAAGACGGUAACGAGUACCUUCGACAAGUAAAAGACGAAUUUGUUCAUGGUAGGAGGAAACUGCGAGCCUAUUAUGUCAGACCCCAUAAAACCAAAAGUCUUGGAAAUGCUUUUAUACAAAUGGGUAGCCAAAUUGGCUACUGGUAAAUUUUGCAUGUAAUUUGUUUGCUUAUGAUUAAGCAAAUUACAAAAAUUAAAUAAAUUAUACAUGUUCAACUGGCUUGGUUUUUAGUUUUAUAGUUGGGGAGUGAAUACAAGUGUUUAGUAUUAGUUAUUUCAGAAAACAUAAAUAUGAUAAUAAAUAGAAAAUUAUUAAAGUGAGACUAUUGAA